GCCUAAGGGCCCUUUGAAGAAAUCUAUAAAAACAAACAAUUUUGUUUCUAUAGAUUUCUUUUCCGAACUUUCUUUUCACUUUUUCAUCUUCCAAAAGUAAAGUGAAAAAAACAGAAAUUAUAUACUUCCAUAAUCAAUGGCGACAUCUUCUAGAAGAUCAAGCGGACCGGUUUUGCCGAUUAGAUCGGCGUUCCAAAGGUCUAUCUCACCGACCGGCCGGUUCAGCAAUUCAACUGAUACGUCGUCGUUUGCUUCCUCGACGAGUUCUAGCUUUUACUCGUCUACUAGUUCUACAGGUUUUUUCAACCGAUCGGCAUCUCCAACGCGCGUGAACCUUCAUGGCUUUGCACCACUCGCUCCUACGCGCGUGAACCUUCAUAUCGACAGAUCUAUAUCUCCUAGGCGUUCGAUGACGGUUUCUUCACGAGAUCAGGUGGUUCGUAGGCACAACAAUAAUAGUAUGAUCUCUCCAAAAAGGACGUGUAUGUGCUCUCCUACAACGCAUCCUGGAUCCUUUCGGUGUAGUUUGCACAAGAGUACUACUAAUUCUGCUCCGUCGAUUUCGUAUUCGCCUAGUCGUUUGAAUGCUCGGCGAUCGGCGAUGACGAACUCGUUGGUGCGUAUUGGUACUGUUGAAGGAGAUCUAGUGAAGCGUGCUUUAGCCGCUCUUAUAAGGCCUUCGUCCCAUCAUCUUAGACGUAGAUGCGAUUUCCAACCUCGUCCUAGUCGACUCUCCAGAAUGUCUAAAGCUGAUGAUGAGGAUAUGUGAGAUAUAGUGUUAAAUGGUUGCAGGUUUGAAAUUCCUAUUUAGUUGGAAGUUUUUCGGCGAUGGCAUCAGAUUCCGGCUGCGAUUUUUAUAGUACUACCGGCGAAUCCAAAGUCGUUACAGUUUUGAUACUCUGGCGGAGCUAAAGAACAGAAGCUCUCCCUUGUACAUAUGAUUUGCAGCAACUGAUUGCAAUCUAAAGGACAUUUUGGACUUUUUUUUCAAUAUCCAUCCAAACAAAACGCUUACUAAAAUAAAGGAACUAUUGUCUAAAAAAAAGAAUUUGAUUUGUUUUGAGCCAUUUGUGUACGUAUUCGUGUGUAAUGGAGAGUUGCGUGACUUGUUUUGGUUU